UGCAGUAGAGUUGAGAUUAUUUAGACAGAGGUAUAAAUCCAGUCAUCUCCACCAUGAAGGCUUUCACUAUUCUCCUCCUUGUUGUCAUCGCUAGCGCCUAUGUUGCUGCUCAGUUGGGAGGCUCUUUAGGAGGCGCUGGAGGAGGCCUUGGAGGAAACCUUGGAGGAGGCGCUGGAGGCCUUGGAGGAGCCGCUGGAAAUGUUGGUGGAGAUGUUCAUGUACCAGAGGCAGAUUCUGGCAACGGUGGAGGUCUUUUGGGUGUUGUUGACAAUUUACUUGGCGGUGUCGGUGGCGGUGUCCUAUGAUCUUCCUCUCUGUGCAGGCUCCACAAUGGAUUCCUGACCAGGACCGGCCAAGUCCUCACAAUGAAUUUCCCCCCUAAUGAUUUAGUUUCCUCUCCUUUUAUGAUUCUUUAUAUCCUCUCUCUAUGAUUUCUCUUCCUUCUAUGUCUCAUAAUCAAUAAAGUAGAAAAGAUCUG